CGAGCCUGUUCGUUCGUUCGUGCGUGCGCGCGGGCGCGCGCGACCGCGCGUCAACGCGCGGCGCCAAAGUAUCCUUUUCGCGGAGUGGGUGCCCCGUGGUGCGUCGAAACGCGAGAGGAGCUGACGGAGAAGGAGCCGCGUCGCCGAAGAAGAACGAGAGAGAGGAGACGAUUCGGCCGUCGUUAACGAGACCCGUCGUCGAGCAGCGGCCGAUGACGCGCGAGUGUUGACCGGCGCCCCGGGUGCCUCGAUCCUCCACGACCCUCUGCCCCCUCCCCGCGUCCACUCCUCGUUGUUUCGGUUUGUGUGUGCGGUAUACCGUGCGUAUCUCCGGCGGAUCUUGCUCGGACGGCGAGCGGAAGAGGAGAAAAAGGGGUACGACGCUCGACGGGGGCUGCCCCUCGGGAUACAUUAAUGAAGAUGUGCCGCGGAUUGAUCGAUCGGUUGCUCCUGCUAGCGGCGUUCGGCAUCACCGUCCAAGGACAGCUGAAAUGUCCACGGAUAACCGAGCACCCGUCCGACAUAAUAGUCGCGAAAAAUGAGCCGGUGACGUUGAACUGCAAGGCGGAGGGUAAGCCCGAACCGUUGAUAGAGUGGUACAAGGACGGUGAGCUCGUGCAGACGUCGCCGGGGGACGCCAAGUCGCAUCGGGUCCUGCUGCCUACGGGAUCCCUGUUCUUUCUGCGGGUGAUGCACGGCAAGAAGGAGCAGGACGGCGGUGUAUAUUGGUGCGUCGCGCGGAAUAAGGCUGGAUCCGUCCCGAGCAGGAACGCCACUCUCACAGUCGCAGUGCUGCGGGAUGAGUUUCGCGCGGAGCCGCAGAACACGAGGGUCGCCGCCGGGGAGACGGCUUUGCUGGAGUGCGGACCGCCUCGCGGCCAUCCGGAGCCGACCCUCCAUUGGAAGAGGAACGGUCACAUAAUAGACCUGGAAGCGACAAAACGGAUAACCCUGGUGGACGGGGGCAACCUAAUGAUAUCCGACGUGAGACCGGCCGACCAGGGCAAGUACCAGUGCAUCGCCGAGAACAUGGUCGGCACCAAGGAGUCCGCGAUUGCGGUUCUCACGGUUCACGUGAAGCCGUUCUUCCUGGCCAUGCCGUCGAACCAGACGAUCCUCACGGAUCAGACGGCGGAGUUCGCCUGCAGGGUGGGCGGCGACCCCGAGCCGGAGAUUCUGUGGCGUCGGAACGACGGCAAGAUGCCGAUAGGCCGGGCGCACAUUCUCAACGACAAAAGUUUACACAUCGAGCGGGUGAACCCCCAGGACCAGGGGACGUACAUCUGCGACGCGGAGAACGGCGUCGGGGCGAUAUCAGCGAGCGCCACUCUUACCGUGCACUCGAGGCCGAUAUUCACCAACUUCCCCAAGGACGAGACGGUGAACGCCGGCACCGACGUCACCUUCUCGUGCGCGGCGCGCGGCGCCCCGAACCCGUCGAUAUUUUGGACCCGGGAGGGUUCCCAGGAGCUAAUGUUCCCCGGCCACACGUAUCAGAGCCACUACACCGUCACGGAAGACGGAAGUCUGAGUAUCAAGGGCGCCGUCAGGAAGGACGAGGGCCACUACGUGUGCAGCGCCAUUAGUCAGGCCGGCGCCAGCACCGCCACCGUAUUUCUUCAGGUGACGUCCGUGGAGGAGACUCCGCCGCCCAUAAUCGAGCUCGGCCCGGCGAAUCAGACCCUGCCGCUGAAGAGCGUCGCCUCGUUGCCGUGCCGUGCGGUCGGCACACCCACGCCGCGGGUUCACUGGCACAAGGAAGGCGUGCUCGUGCGACCGGGCGGCCGCAUCACGAUGGCCAUCAACGGCACGCUCUUCAUCGACGACCUGCACGCCAACGAUUCCGGCCUGUACACCUGCAUCGCCUCGUCCGAGUCCGGCAACACCUCCUGGUCGGCGUAUCUCACCGUCAGCACCGGCGCCAGCUUCCAUCGUACGCCCGACGUGUCGGCGCUGCCGCAGAACCCGAGCAAGCCGCGGAUAGUGAACGCCACCAGCAACUCCGUCACCCUGACGUGGAGCCCGGGCCACGAGGGUCAGAGCAAGAUCGUCGGCUACAACAUCGAGUACUACAGCAGCAACCUGAACACCGGCUGGGUGGUGGCGGCCACGGGUGUUGUCGACGACAUCUACACGGUGACAGAUUUAAGGCCGGAGACCAAUUACGUUUUCCUAGUACGAGCGGAAAAUAGCCAGGGGCUCUCGCUGCCCGGACCGCUGUCGGACGUCGUGCAAACUACUAACGUAAAUCAGCAUACGGUACCGCAAGUGGAGCUGACUCGCGCCAGAGAUAGGCUGAACAGCGAGAUUUUACAUCUCAAAGAGGUGCAACCGUUGACCAGCACCAGCGUGAAGAUCAUGUGGGACAUUCUCGGCGCGGCGGAUUUAGUGGAGGGCCUUUAUAUACGGUAUCGCGAGGUGUCCGAGAAGCCGGAGUAUCAAAUGGUCACGGUGCUGAACGCCGGCGCUACCAGCUACGUGCUGACCAAUCUGAAAAAGUACACGCGCUACGAAUUCUUCCUGGUUCCGUUCUACAAGAUUAUCGAAGGCCGGCCGAGCAACGUGAAGCUGGUCACCACGUUGGAGGACGUGCCCUCGGGCGCGCCCGAGAACGUUCACGUGGGGAUGAUAAAUAUGACCUCGGCGUUCGUCCGGUGGUCGCCGCCGCCGAAGAACACUCAGAACGGCCAAUUGGUCGGUUACAAGAUUCAGAUCAAGAGCAACAGCAGCAACAAGAUCCUGGGUCAAAUGUCCCUGAACGCGUCCACUACGUCGGUAAUCAUCAACAGCCUGACCACCGGCGGCCUAUACACGGCUCGCGUCGCCGGGCAAACCCGCGUCGGACUGGGUCCUUUUUCCAGCCCGACCCUGUUGAACAUGGAUCCGGGACAGUUAACGCAAUUACCGCCGCGUACCGAUCCCAGCCACGGAGGUGCGUCCGUAGUUAGAGAAACGUGGUUUCUCGUACUGAUAAUCACAAUGAUAUUAACCGUUAUCGUCGCGCUGCUGGCCGCCCUGUACGUGAGGCGCAGGCAAGCGAUGAGCAAGCAACUGGGUCACUUAAAUGUACCCGUGGGCACCGCAAACGAUAUCUGUCAAUUGAAUAAGGACACGCUCUGGCUGGAACGAGGUUGGCGACCGACCAAUACCCUCCAGGCUGCCAACGAUAAGGACUGCGAGACCAAGUUACUCAACAAUCAGCACAUGCUGGCGGCCGGUAUAAUGGGCAUGGCCGGCUCGGAGUAUGCCGAGGUAAAUCUGACGACGUUCUACAACACGCGCAAGCAAAUGCAGGCGCCGCCGCCGGAGCCGUACGCGACCACGACCCUGUGCGUGGGCAGCCGUAACUCAGACUCGAUCGAGACCAGCUGCCAGAAGUCAAACUCCAGCGACUCGUGUCUGAAACCGGAUUACUCGAGCUUGGACUCGAGUCAGGAGCCCAACAAGUCGACGGUGUCGCCAAGCAGUGAUAACAUGAGCGGCGGCGGCGACGCCGCCUACGCGGACGAGAAUCUGGACAUGCAAAGGAGACAGUACAGAAUGGCAGGCUCCGCGGGCGACGCGCCGCAAACCGGUAUGCCGAUGCCCAACUGGUGCGACAUGCUGCCACCGCCGCCCGAGCAUCCACCUCCCCUCGGCACAUCCAUAGUCACCGGUCGAAUGCAUCAGCAUCAGCAGCAGCAGCAGCAGCAUCAGUUGCAGCAUCCGCACCAACAGCAGCAGCAGCAGCAGCAGCAACAGCAACAACAGCAAGUGCCGUUCAGUCCGCAUCUCAGCAAGAGAAGCGUUCAGAACGAUCUGGAUCACUGUAGCGGCUCAGGCGCCGGUUCGUGCAAUCCGCAGAGUCCGCCCACCCCGCCCAUUAGAGUCACCAAUAGCUUCAGUCCGUCGCCGACGCCCUGGAGCGGCGGCGGGCAGAGUCAGCAUUCGGAGCCCGGUGCUCUUCAGGUUCCGCAGGGUAGAUACACGACGCUACCGCCGCAGACCAAUCCGCCGCCGUUGCCCUCGUUCCCGCAGGGUUUCAAUCACUACGAUUACAAAAACCAGGAGAACGAGUACGAGAGCGGCUCCGUCAUUUACGGCCACCACCAGAACGGUCUGCCGGACGAUUACGGCGCGCGCGGCGAUCCCGCGUUCGCCCGCUCCAACAAUCAGCAGUCACACCUGACACCGUCCGCCGUGAGCGAGGAGCUGUACCGGCACAGGGACGAAAUGUUCCACAACGACAAUCUCUAUCAGCCCGAGAACGACGAGUGGGACAGGAAGUCGUGCGACUCCAACACGCAUUCGGACGCGUGCUGCUCCUGCUCGGAAUCGAGCUGCCUCUACGCCGACACCGUGCAGUACAACGCGCAGCAAUACGGCACCGCGUGCGGCCACGGUAGCGGCAGGACGGGUUCCCGAAGCAGAAGUAACAGGAGUCCGCGAAGAAGAAACAGAACGUCCUCGCCUACGUACAGCAGCGACAGUAAUUACUCCUGCAUCCCCCCGAGGCAGUGCGGAAGCACGAAUUCACAGGAGAGACUGAGGCAUAAUCGUAGUAAAGACAAGCUGCCUGGCUUCUCAAGAACGGGCAACUACAGCCAGCACAAUUCUUCGGCCUCUAACACGAUGAGUAGUACGGGCAGUCAACGAUACAAUAAGCUAAAUAGUAUCUUUGCAAGCGGCAAUAACCCGAACGCUCCGACGGAAUCUAGUCGACUGGGUGACCACCGUGAGAGCUAAACACUACCUGGAUGUAGUAAAUACAAGGACGUGCCUGAACAAACGGCCUUCGAUCACAACGAACGAUCGCAGUCUUCGACUACGGGAGGCCGCUUCGCAAUCAGCAAUGUCGCGGACGCUCAUCAAGUGCGGUUCGAUCCGGCGCGCGCCGUAUAUAUAAAACAAAAGAUACGCCGUAGCGUCUCUUUCGCAGGCUGGCUAUAUUUCUAUAUGUACCUGGCGCGAGAUGCUGCCGCGUCUCUUGAUUAGCGGCCCGCGCGCAUGGAAGGGUACAUCGAUUUAAUUUGUUGUUGAUUAUACGGGCUCAUUAGGAGAGCGAGCUCGAGUGACAACGAGGCGGGGCGAAUCUCGCGCUUUCUCCGCGUACCCCGUUACGUAAAUAUCGAAAAUAUUUAACAGGUUUCCGCGAGGUAAUAGUAUUCCAUGACUGACAAACGUUUACGUUUAGCUGAUUACGUGACGGUAGUUUAAGCUCGUAGAGUAUUCCUGUGUUCGUACGAAGCGCGAUAACGGUCUUCUAUCGCGGCAGGGGGUAGCAUAAUUUCGACACUCGAGGAUUUCAACUCCGUGGCCGCCAGCUCGCGGCACUUUCAAACGCCACGCCGAUAGACCCCGUUACGUACACGCGAUAUAGUCGAUUGUUUUAUACUCCGUACUCGGAUAAGGGCCUUCAAAAGAAAGAGAUAACAUCGCGAGACGAGAGGUGGCGUCGCGUAGUAUUAUCUUUCUUUGAACACUGCCAAAUAGACUGAUUAAACGUAUCAACGGACCUUGCUUACAUUGCCUUUGUUCUUCGCUUUAUAUCACGCUGAGAGGUAGAAGCGAUUUCAAUUUUCGCGAGAUGUUACGAAAGAGAGCAGGAGGAAGAGGGAAAAAGUUCUUCUCCUCUCGUAUACCGCAGUUCGCUGUCACAUGUUCCUCGAGUAAACAUUUAACGCCUGAGCGAUCACGCCGGACUAAUAUUCCAGUUCAACGCCUCUUGAACUUCGUUGUACUCUCGACUGCCAUAUAUACUGCCAUUCCCGCUGACGUACUGUUAGUUCGAGUUAAGUUGUAUCUUAAACGGUGACCAUAAAAAGUCGCAUUUUAGCUCGCGAGCGUCAGCGAGCUGCAAAAGUUGUCGCGCGACCGGGAUAAACGUCCACGCGUAUAAAUGUCCCCCGUGACGUGUCACGUUCUUUUUUUAUUUUUUUUGACGUGGCGAUAGCGCAAACGGAGAGAAGAAUGUAUGAUAUAACGAGUUGAUCUGCCUGAGCGCGAACUAAGGAUUUGGGUCGCACGAAGCGCGUACGAAUCAAGCAAGCGCAGUGUCGACUGUUUAAAUUUUGCCUACGAGAAAGCUCGAAGGCAGAUAAUUUAAUUUAUCUUCACAAAGCAGUAGAAGACAGAACUGAGCUCUUUGCACUGAUAUAAAAUAGAUUCUUCUUUAAAUGACAUAUUUUUUUAUAACGUUAGCUGCAGUUAAAUGUUUGAUUGAAAUUAAUGACACAAUUGUGCUCUAAGAGAGGUAACGGACUCCAACACUAUAGCAAUAAUGAGAGUAUACGUAUACGCGUUGUGGUACCGAGGCGAGUUUCUUUUAUGAAAAGUGACUUGGAAAUUCGUAGAAUAAUUCGGUAUAGGGUAGUUGCGCUAUCACUUCGAGUGUCAAAGUGAUUUCGUUCCGAAGUCAUGGUCUCGGAAACAAUCGAGCAGGCAAUCGUUCACAAUUGUUUCCACUGUGCUGUACACGAGAUUAACUUAUCGAUCGACCGUGCCUGCUUGCUCUGUACGCGGAAUAAUCCUUUCGCUACGGUGGUUUUUGUCGAAAGGCUUCGCUUCCUGCGUACGAAGCAAUUGUUUUCGAUCGUGAAGCCCAAAUGUAAUGUAUUGCGGCUUGUAGCGGCAACGCUCACGUCCCACGUUUGACGCUAAACGAACUUGUUCGAUAUCGAAUCCACGAUAACAUCUCUCAUCUGCAUGUUAAACAGCACUAACACUCGGGAUUAAACGCGCAAUGCGGAAGGUCGUUUCGAUGAAUAUACAGUCGUCCUUAAUGCAAACAAUUAGAAACGGGCGAUAUUACGGUUUGUAUCUCUCAGCACGUAGCGGAGAUAGACAGGCGGCAUAAUCGUCGUAGCGAAAGGAUCAACGUGUCGCGCCCGACAAAACGAUUCGCGCUCGGCACCGCGACCGGCCUCACAAAGCGUGGCAUUUAUUUUCGGCAGCCUGUACUGUACUCAGGCCACGACAAAUGGAGCAUAUUAUUUUGGAUAUAACGUUCCUAAAUCCUAAGGCAACCGAGGGCUAAUCUCCACGAAGAAGGGCCAUGUAUAAUUCUUCCAAAACGAACGCACGUAGUGGAUACGUUUUUAACGAAACGAAGUAACAAUAAAGAAACGCGUAAUAUAUAUAUAUGAAAAUAUACAUAUUAUAUAUAUAAAUAUACAUAUUAUCAUAUCACGCAAACGGUCCCUGUACAAAUUGUACAAAGUUACUCUAACGAGAUUAGUCAUUAGUUCUUAAUUUACACGCCGUUUCGAUUCAACUCGUAUCGCGUAAACGGCAGAUACGGCAAGGUAUCCCAUGUACUCUUUUAUUACACACGACCUGACAUGUAAAAGUGAGAACGUGCUCGCCAAAGAUGUGCGCUUCGAAACUGCCGAUAUACACAAAAGUGCGUUAUUCUCGAACGCGUACCUGAUUCCGGUUUAAUCGGAUACUCCCGUAACCGCGAUCUAAUUCAUUUCUUGUGUGGCGUCUAGAUCGUUAUAUAACAGAGGAACCGGUUCGAAUAUCGAAUUUUUACUUUAUCACAAUCUUUCCACGUUUAUAUUGGGUGCUCUACAUCUUCGGAACAGCAAACGGGACGACCCAUACUUUAUACGACACAUGUGUCGCUUUUAAAUUUAAUCUAAAAAAUUUCUAAUCUCAAAUCGUAAAUCCGAUGGACACAUAAUUUCAGACCUUCAGGCUCGAGCUUGCAAUAGAAAUUUUAAAGAAGUAUGUCGUUAAUUACGCGAGUCAGUUAUUAUAGAAUGGUCAGCAGCCCCAACAGAAAAGAAUUAAGUAAUCCACGGACAAACGGCAUCACUAGUUUGGACAAUACUUGGAGGAAGUUCGUUUCAAUGUCCCAUAUUCGGACCAGUCCCUCUGUUACUGUCAGAGAUAACAACACGAAGAAAAAUAAAAAGAAGAUACGAAGCGCCAAAACGGCAAAAUGGAUUAGUAAGAUUUGCAUAAAGGGCUCAAAAUUGUGGGUUUUUUUUUCAAAGUUUUGAAGAGAGAAAAUGUUUAAGCCCACGUAUUCCACUUGUCUCUCUCGACUUCCUUCGCGAUGGGACUUUAGAUGGGAGAACACAACGAAGCACAUUUGCAUUCGUAACGACCGACUUAUUGAAAGCGUGGCGGACGGAGAGGAAUUGCAUACUAUUAAGGAACCGUGAAAUUUUAUUGUCGUCCACGUCUUUCUCUCCUUUGAAGCGCACAUUUUUAACAGGAUGGAGUACACGUCGCGUCCGUAUCGCGGCAAUUUAUGGGCGAAGCGUCGCGUUUACCGGACGAUCCGGGCCAGCGUGUCUCGUAGACGGAUCAGACGUAGAGCUGAAACCCAACCGGAAGUAAUGCAUCAGCGAAUAAAAUAUUUAGCGGAAAAGAAAGUCGGGGGGGGGGGGGAGAUUUAAUUUUUAACGAGCCUAUGUCGCCGACCGACUUUGCAAAUAUAAAAACGCAACCGCGCGCGCUCCGCGUUUGCCGUUUACCGGAGGGCACGGCGUAGCUCUAUUAUGCGAAUAUAAUUAUUUGAACAAAGAACCGAUGAAAAAUUUGCCGAGGUACGUCUGAAUCCGUCUACGUCGUACGCCGGCGAACGGCGGCCGAUAGUCGACCGCCGCGGCUGAUUCGGGGAGAGGAGCCGAACCGAAUCCCCGUUUGAUCCGUGGCGCGCGAGGCUCCUUCAAUGUACAUACACUGUCGAGACAUUUUGUAUGCAUUUUUUAAAGGGGUCCCCGUCGAGAUACGGGCUCCCUUCCGCCGGCGAUAGCGCGCUACGCGGAGGCGAUGACCACGCGAUGACCCUUUUUCUCUCCUCCCCGUAACGACGCCGUCGCGGGCAGCGUGGGCGUGGCUUUCCUUUGUACACGCGGGUAUGCGACUUACUUAUUAAUUACGACUUUCGAUUAAGUGACAAGUAAACGGAUUAGCGUUAUUCUAAAGGCGCGCGCGCGUGCCGAGCAUGCGGCUCGUUCAAUGACGCGUGGUGAAUCGCUCAAAUUUGUUAUACACACACAUACACGCCACACCACACAAUACAAUUAGCUCCACUCGGUUCGAGACCGUGCUGCCUGAAUAGAGAAGUCAACCCGCGCGACAGGUACCAGCCAUUCAGAUACUCGACGCAACACAAAUUGCCGUAUGUAAAUUCCGUAAAAGGAGAAGAAGAAAGAAAACUGGGUCACACAGGAAUUGCGAUCUCGGGGGAGGAGGAGGAGGGAGAACAAAAUUAAUUAGCAGAGAUAUUGAAUUAAAUUUGUUAAUUCAGAGAGUUGAACUUAGGGUCUACCUAUAGUGAUACAUGACUAUGUAUACAUGCGUAUAUAGUUUCGUAAAAGUCUCGGUGUAUAAAUUUAUUUGCGCGUCGACGCGCGCGCGAAUGAAUUCAUAUCCUAUAAGAAAAGAAAAAAAAAACAGUCCAUCCAAGCAGGCGAGGGGAUAAGUAACGCGCAGGGAGAAGAUAUCAUCUCGAUAUACCGAUAUUUAGGUUUAGGAAAAGACGAGCCGGGGAAGGGGAGAGGCAGAACGAGCGAGGGGUGUUGUAGACGCGAGACUGUCGCUAGAAGGAAGCAUCUCAUUACACGUAUAAAUUAGAUAGGACGCGUAUUUUAAGUAUCUCCGUCGUCACGUACGAGUGUGCGCGUCCGGCGCGAGAGUCGCGUUAAGCCGAGGGAAGGAAGACGCGAGGAGCGAGCACUUCCGACGGGGCCGCGCGCUCUUCGCCUCUUUCUCUCCGCCUUCGCUCGCCUAACGCCUCGUCGAAGGCGCGACGGAAGUCACCUUCUGGCAUUCUGACGAGGCGCCGGGACGUCGACCCUUGCCGAGGGCCGUCGAUUCCACGGUCCGUUAGACGAGCGAACGCGCGCAUCUUCCUCGGGAGAUAAUUGCGUCCGCUGAGGUGCGAAUCCACCGCGAAGGCGCUCGGACCACGAUUGUAUCGUUCGAUAUCGCUGCGAGCCGCGUCCGACGCGGUGGACUCGCAGCUUCCUGAUCUAUUAGGUGGAUUCGCAGCUUCCAGAUGAUCGGAUCGGCGGGACGCAGCCGCAUAUUAUUGGGGGGGGAUAAAGGGUUAUUACGUGCACAUACGGAUUAUACAUACAUCUCGUCGAAGGCUACGGAAUCGUGACCCUUUCGGGAAGCAAUCCGUGUCUCCAUUUCCUGAAACGAUCGCGAUUCGGCCGACGGACAAUUGCUGCCAAACCAUCGUAUCAAUGCGCGAAGGAACGGGAAAAGAUAACGUAUUAUUUUUAUAAUUUGUCAUCUUUGUACUAUUGUUACGAUGGUUGAGAGGACUUGUAUAAAACACACAGUAGCGUUUAACUUGAGAGGAAAAAAGAAUUGCGCGACUCGCGUAAAACGACACUCGACACGAAUACACGACACAUAAUACAUCAAUACACCCUCCGAACACUCGACGGGUCCGUCGAGCAAGUCAAACGAAACUCGUGAACGCGCGUAAUGGACGUUUCUCGAUCAAUCGACCGACCGACGAGGUCCCUAUUUGUUCAAGUAGAAGCUGCGGCCGUCGUGCAGCACGACGAGGGAACGUUUGUAUUAACGUUAGUGCAAAAUUUUUCGAUCUGUAAAUUCAUAUCUGGUAGCGAUGGCGAGACAGAGUUUGCCGCUUUUGCGAGAGAGGCGCUCGCCGGACUUUAAACUUGGUGCUGCCAAGACCGCCGAAUGCAACGACGAAGGCCGAGCAGCUGCACCUAAUUGAGCUGAUCGAUGCAUUGCUUUUCCCGGGAGUCCAGUCUACAGAGCUUUUGCUCGGGUUCUGCCUGGAAAGUGUUUCGAUGAUACACUGACAAAUUUGGGGUCAACUUUUGUUUUUUUUUAAUGAAAAUUUCCAAGUCCCGCUCUGGUAGGAGCAAAUGCGAACACGACGGUGUCUUGUUUUCCCCAUAAAACUCAUCGAGAACUGCGGUGGCUUUUCUCUCAGGAAUAAAGUCAAUUCCGUUCGUCGAAGCGUUUCUGAUUGCAAUGCUCAGCUCUGGAGCAGCCUCUGUCUGACGCAGAGUAGAAAAAUUAAAUGUAUCAGAACGGCACCUUGAUCGAUCGACGUUGGUGCAAGCAACUGGCCCUGGAUCGCGCUUAAAGGAUUAAGUAGACCGUUAGAGAGCAAGAGCUACGUAAAGAUAAUUCAUAUCAUUAAGAACACGAAUUAGCGAUUUUCGAAUUGGAGGCAAUGCGGGAGAAAGAGAAGAAGAGGCGAUGGCCCUUUUUCUAUUCGCUCUCUCCUUCUCUCUCUCUCUCUCAUUCUCUAGACUGCGUUUUACAGACCGCAACGCGUGCGAUUACGACUCGCCACGGGCACGUACGCGCACGUGCACGUGGGGUCCGCGUAUUUAGCUCAAGCUUUCCUUUUUAUAUUUUGUAAAUACAGCGAGUAAAUAAAAGUGGCGAGCAUUUUUAUAGUUAAUUUUAUAAUUUAUUUACUACGGAAGAGACACGCGCGCGUCUCUCUUCGUCGACCGUCGUCGCACGAGUGAAAUCUAUGAGAUUUAAGACGUAGGAGCGUACUGCAGAGAGAGAGAGACACACGUUACACACGUAUACAUACACAUAGACAUACACGCGCACGACUGUAGAUAAUUUGUAACAGUUGCUAUUGUCAAGUACCACGUACACGUAUAAAGCGACGUAUGCUGAUAUAUAUCAUUGCAUAUUAUACUGAUAACGAUUAAUAAAAGGUAAUGUUGAAAAUUCAA